GUCCUGGCUGGGGCACAGGCUUGGAACAGUUGGGAAGCUCUGACAAGAGACGGAAGUGUUACAUGGAAGAAGUGUUUUGUCAGACUUGGGUUUCUCUACUUUGGAAGCUGAAUGGAGCGCUGUCAGGACAUGAUGGUAGACUGGUUAAGGCAUCUUGCUACAUUAAUGGGAGGUGUGAAUUCAAGCCCCACUUUGGACUUGUGCAAAAGCUGCUGUCAGUCAUCCCAGCUGUAACUAGGUAUCUGAUCAUCCAGAUUGGAGAGUCAAUGGCCGCAUGUCCCGGGAGAGAACAGGGGAGAGAGGACAGACCCGGGCAGUGUGGGGAUGCCAGGCCCACUCCGGGAUUCCCACUGGGAAGAGUGAGCAAGGAGCCAGAGGAGGCUUCUGACACCAGCUGCAGCAACAGCAGUCGGGAACAAACCACCAGCGCUGGAGGCGAGUGGGAAGCGGCUCCACCAGCCUGUGAAGGCAUCAGCUACAGGGAAAACAGUGAAGGGCACACAACGGUCAUCACCACAGCAGGUGGGAGUACUGGGGGCCGUGGGGAGGAGGAGGAGCUUUAUCCAUUGAGAGAGCCCCGGCAGAAGCAGACAGAAGGACCACAGAGAAUCAAGGCACUGACCCUGAGCAUGGGAGAGAGCCAGCCACUUGUUAGGGAAUGGCGAGGCACCUGGAUAGGGAUGCUCCGGAAGGGAGAGAAACGGGGUAGCUCAGGGCUUAUAGAAGGGGAAGGGAGGACUCAAGCAGGAGGUCAGCUCCCAGCCAGACCGUAGAGGACUCAGCACCCAGGGUCUCUGACACAAGGGACCUGGGAAGGGAGUCGUUUUGUGUUUUUCUUUUUGUGUUUCUUUUCAGUUUUUCUGUGCGAAGGGGUUGAGGGGCAGGAAGGCUGCACAAGAAUAGAAGAUAUGUGGUGAACUCCAUAGGGUGGCACAUGGGGUCAAGGCCUCAGGGGAAAGCUCCCCCUAGACGAGUACAGACAUCAUGAGCAAGACCUGUGAACAUACAUAACUUAGGAUGGAAUAAGCAAAUCAGCCUUGGAAGCCGGUAUCCUGGGCAGGACAGAAAUCGAGAGGCUCCAUGGUAGUGGAAGAAGAGGUACAUAGUCACGAAGACGGGACAACUCAUUGAGGUGGCAUGAGGAUGGGGUGUAGGGGUGGCAGAGCCCCGCUGGUGACCACUGGGCCGAGCGCGCCGUAGAAGAUCCCCGGGUAGUCUCCCCACCCCCCCCUCACUGGGAAACAUUCAAGUCAUGGCAGGCAAGAUAGGGGAAGGCUUCCCGUGGAGGGAACAUCAGCUCGGCAUUUUGUGGGAGGCUGCAGGGUGUACAUUCCUUAGUGCGCGAGCCAAGGCAGCACGUGACUGAUUACUCGAGACCCGGCGAUCACACAGCGCAAUGUCAUGUUAGGUACACGAUUCCCUUGUGUGCUGUUGACAUUACAAAGUUGUAUGCUUUCACUACACUAGUUGCAUGGACCCUUUGGCUUGGAUGGACCUUGGAUUUAGAAGUACUCCUGUCUUGUCUACUUUAGCGGGAAUUUUCUCCAAAAUUAUUCUAGCAAAACUGAGUGGGAAAGAUGGUAGCUUAAUGGUCCAGGCUGAAUAUUGUCAACUUCAUUGAAGCGAGAUGUAUUUGGAUGGUGGCAGGUGAUGACAUUUUACAGCCCUAAUUUUUAAUCACUGGAGCAGAUUAAGAAAAAAGUUCAAUGAAGGAGGAGAGGACUAUACACAGCUCAUUUCUGCAAUGAGUGGGAUUUUUAAACAAGUAUUAUAAGGCAGUUAAACUGUUACCAGAACUGAGAAGCUUGUCAAUGUUUGCCUAAGCUGUUUUGCUUGUACAUGAUUGUAUAUUUUUCUACAGUCCAGAUGCAUGACUGUGAGCCUUUUCCUGGAUUUAUGCCAAAGUCUGUUCCCUGUUGA